AUGGCGCCCUCCCUCACGUCCAAAGCGCUCCAAGCCACGGGCGUGCUCACCUUCUUCAGCCUCGCCAGCUUCACCGUGUGGACCAAGCACAGCCGCUUCAGCACGCCGGCCGAGUUCAACCCGGCCACGGACCCGCUGUUCCAGAGCGAGUGGGUGAGGAAGUUCAACCCGGCGAACCACGCCGCGACGUACGACGAGUGCGUCAGGCGCAUCGGGCUGCAGAAGAUUCGCCCUGAGUUGGUCGAGGAUGCGCAGAGAGGGGGAUCGAAGCUCGUCGAAGAGUUUGUGCGCGGCGUAUGGGGUGGUCCCGGCUACACCCUCCAACGACUGUACCUCCAACGCAAAUACCGCAACGACACCACGACGGCGCACCAACUCUGGACGCCCGCCCAGCUCCAGUCGUCCGACUACAGCCCCGACACGCAGAUCACGGACCACUUCGUCGUGCUGCGCAAGACGCCCUCGAGCGUGCUCAUCCGGUGCGGCGACUCGCCGCUCAACAACCCGGACUCACCGCGCCAGUCGGACGGGCUGUUCGAGAUGUGUGCGCGCGUCGACCCGGCCGAAGGGUUCGCCGAGUUCAGGCUGAAGAGUAUCUUCUUCGUCGGCGAUCAGAGCUGGACGGGCGAGAAGGCUAAUCGAGGCCCGAUGCAGGGUACCACGUGGUUUGCGCAUAAGUUGUAUACAAAGCUUUGGAUGGAGAGUGCGUUGAGUAGGGUGAAGAUGUGA